AUGUCCAGUCGUCAUCGUAUUGAUAUUGGUGGAAGUCACAGGAAAUCAAAGUUUUCUGAUUGUGAUAAUUCCAGCGAAAACUCUCGUUCCCGUGACCGCUCACCAAUCGGUGUUGUAUCUAAUUCAUCCAUUCAGAUAAAUCCCCAUACAGGUCUCCAGUAUAGUCAACGCUACUUUGAUAUAUUUCGAAAGCGAAUACAACUGCCUGUAUGGGAAUAUAAAGAUCAAUUCUUCAAAGUCCUAACAGACAAUCAAGUGACUGUUCUUGUUGGUGAGACUGGCUCAGGAAAAACAACACAAAUUCCACAAUGGUGUUUGGAAUGGUUAAAAAUUCGCUAUUCGUCAAGAAAGUGUGUUGCAUGUACUCAGCCUCGUCGCGUUGCAGCAAUGUCCGUUGCACAGCGUGUGUCUGAGGAAAUGGACUGCCAGCUCGGUAAUCAAGUCGGUUACAGUAUUCGAUUUGAGGAUUGCACCUCAAAUAAUACCGUACUUAAGUAUAUGACAGAUGGUAUGCUACUUCGUGAGGGCAUGUCCGAUCCACUCUUGGAGAACUACGGGGUUAUCCUUUUGGACGAAGCUCACGAACGUACACUUGCUACGGAUAUACUUAUGGGCCUACUGAAAGAAAUCAUAGGUCAGCGGCCUGACCUAAAGAUAGUUGUAAUGAGCGCAACCCUUGACGCUGGCAAAUUUCAGGAUUAUUUUGAUAAUGCACCCUUGCUGACCGUGCCUGGCAGAACUCAUCCGGUGGAGAUUUUCUACACUCCAGAACCUGAGAGGGACUAUCUGGAGGCAGCGAUUCGGACGGUUAUUCAAAUACACGUGUGCGAGGAGAGUGAGGGCGACAUCCUCCUCUUUCUAACUGGACAAGAAGAAAUUGAAGAGGCUUGCAAACGCAUCCAACGCGAGGUGGAGUCUCUCGGAGCAGAUGUGGGUGAAUUGAGGUGCAUACCACUAUACUCCACGCUUCCGCCGAAUUUACAGCAGCAUAUCUUUGAUCCUCCACCACCACGUCGUAAAAAUGGUGCAGUUGGCAGAAAGGUGGUUGUAUCUACAAACAUUGCCGAAACCUCCCUUACCAUUGAUGGAGUUGUGUUUGUGAUUGAUCCUGGCUUUGCAAAACAGAAGGUGUAUAAUCCAAGAAUUCGUGUAGAAUCCCUCCUUGUCACAGCAAUCAGUAAGGCUUCCGCUCAACAGCGAGCCGGACGAGCUGGACGAACACGCCCAGGCAAGUGUUUCCGUCUCUACACGGAAAGAGCCUAUCGUCAGGAGAUGCAGGACAACACCUAUCCGGAGAUCCUCCGCUCCAACUUGGGGACGGUGGUGCUGCAGCUCAAAAAACUAGGCAUUGAUGAUCUUGUUCACUUUGAUUUUAUGGAUCCACCAGCUCCGGAGACGCUUAUGCGAGCACUGGAGUUGCUAAAUUACUUAGCAGCUCUAGACGAUGACGGCAACCUAACAGAUCUCGGUAGUAUGAUGGCGGAAUUUCCUCUGGAUCCACAGCUUGCAAAGAUGGUGAUCGCUUCUUGUGAUUACAACUGCUCCAAUGAGGUUCUGAGCAUCACUGCCAUGCUGUCAGUACCCCAGUGCUUUGUUCGGCCAGCCGACGCAAAAAAAGCUGCUGAUGAAGCAAAAAUGCGGUUCGCCCAUAUCGAUGGUGAUCAUCUAACCCUGCUUAAUGUCUACCAUGCAUUCAAGCAAAAUCAAGAGGAUCCUCAGUGGUGUUAUGACAACUUCAUCAACCUCCGGUCACUCAAGUCCGCUGACAAUGUACGUGUUCAACUGUCACGCAUAAUGGACCGAUUCUCUUUGCGGCGUUCGAGCACCGAAUUCGCGUCUCGGGACUACUACCUAAAUAUUCGCAAAGCCCUGGUCUCCGGCUUCUUCAUGCAGGUUGCGCAUUUAGAGCGGACAGGUCACUACUUGACGGUGAAAGACAAUCAAGUGGUACAGCUGCACCCCUCCACUGUCCUUGACCACAAACCCGAAUGGGUGCUCUACAAUGAAUUUGUUCUUACCACCAAAAAUUACAUCCGAACAGUCACAGAAGUUAAACCGGAUUGGUUGAUUCGGAUAGCACCGCAGUACUACGAUAUGACCAACUUCCCUGAAUGCGAGGCAAAACGCAUUCUCGAGCGAUGCGCUCACCGAAUAGCCCAACGUCAGCAGAAGAAACAGCAGGAGGAGGAAAAUAAAUCCGAAGAGGCUCAGCACUAA